GUCAAAAAUAUCGGCCAGGAUGGUUGAAGAUUCUAAUACAGCACCAAACACUAUCACCAACAAGUUCACGAGUACCUUAUUUUCUUUACUCCAGCUGGGCACCUUCGUUGUUAAAAGCCUUUAUCUUUUUCUCAGGAUUCACAGAGAGCACAUUUCUACACAAGAUGCUAUAGCGGCUUCAACUAAGAAACUAUACCAAUUAAUAGAGAACAGUAUGCUUAUUUGUGGACCUAGCCAAGGCAUUUGA